AUGCUGGUAUUUGGACCGCAAUGCAGUCUUCCACAAGGAGAAGCUGCGGAAGACCUUCGUCAGGUCCUGGUCUCCCACCCUCAGCUUGAAGGGCUUCGGGCAGCAGUGAAUGGCUUGCCAGCCCUGUGGCAUGACCUAACACAGGCUGAUCCAGAGUUACGCCAUGUUCCUGGAGACACAUAUCUCAGGGACCUUGUGCAAUGGAUGGAAACGGGGGACCUCACCUGCUUCGACCACGAGUUCAACACUCUAUCAUUCCCCUUGAUGACCCUUUUGCAGAUUGCUCUCUAUGUGCGCUAUCUGGCCUUGCUACAGGAGCAACACCCAUAUGAGAGAGUCCGGAAGAGUCUGGAGUACAGCGGCGUCCACGGAUUCUGUCUAGGAUUCCUCUCAGCCGCUGCAGUUGCCCAGGCGGAAACCGAAGCCGACCUUGCGGUUUCCGCUGCCGUGAGCAUUCGCCUGGCUGUGUGCGUGGGCGCUUACGUGGACAAGGACAGUGUUUUUGCUCAGCCGGUUCGCCUAACCGCCAGUAUGGCAGUGAGAUGGAGGAAUGAAGACACGACUCGGGAGGAGGUAGACCAACUGCUUCAGAAGUUCCCACAGACUUAUGUCUCCUGCGUCAAUGACGAGUCCUGUAUCACCGUCACUGUUCCUAUAGAGCAAAAGGAACAAGUGACCAACACGCUGCAAGUCAAUGGGUUGCGGGUACGCCCUGUUGAUAUCCAAGGCCGCUUCCACACUGCCACGCAUGCUUAUGCAAUCACAAAGCUUCAGGAAUUUUGUCAGACGGCAAACUGGUACAAAACCAUACAGGGCGCCAUCAAUGAUCUACCAGACGUUAACCGCACUAUUGUAUUUGCGGGUUUUGGAGAUAGUCCAAUUCCUUUCUCGUUGCUACGAGAAAAGUCCACUCAUAUCAUCUCGUUGUGGAAUAAACCAGCAGCACCCUUGCCCCCGAAAAAUGUUCCGCCUCAUCAAACACAACUUGCAGACGAUAUGACGCUGUACACAUCGCCAACAGCUGAUAGUGUUCUGCAGGGAACCCAAUAUCCCCCGCACUCUGUUGCCGUGGUUGGCAUGGCAUGUAGAUUUGCCGGGGCUGAGUCUGUAGACGAGUUCUGGAAGCUUCUCCUCUCGGGCAAGUCCAUGGCUACUUCGCCACCAGUCGAUCGACUGCCUCUGAACGAUCUGCGUGUGCAAGAUCGCGCAGAUAUCCAGUGGUGGGGGAACUUCAUUCAGAACCCGGACACAUUUGACCAUCGAUUCUUCAAGAAGUCAGCCCGAGAGGCACUUUUUUGGGACCCCGAGAAACGGCUGAUCCUAGAAGUUGUGUACCAGGCGCUGGAAUCGUCCGGGUACUUUGGAGUCGGGUGUGAAUCCAACCCGAAGGACUAUGGCUGCUACAUUGGCGCUGUUGCCAACAACUACUAUGAUAAUGUAUCGUGCCACCCUCCAACGGCAUAUUCAAUGCUCGGAACAUCCCGCGCCUUUUUCAGUGGCCGAAUCAGUCACCAGUUUGGAUUUACGGGGCCUUCGAUGACAAUUGACACCGCGUGCUCAUCGUCCUUGGUGGCGAUCAACGCCGCCUGCAAGUCAAUCCAGCAUGGUGAAUGUUCUCGUGCUAUUGCUGGAGGUACCAAUGUCUUCACCAGUCCCUUCGAUUACCAAAACCUGGCUGCAGCCGGAUUUCUGAGUCCCUCGGGGCCCUGUAAGCCGUUUGAUGCCUCUGCGGACGGCUAUUGUCGUGGAGAGGGUGUUGGUGCAGUGGUUCUUAAGUCGCUCGAUAAGGCAAUCGAAGAGGGUGACCACAUCCUAGGCGUAAUUGUUGGAUCAGCCGUCAAUCAGAAUGACAACGAUAGCCACAUCACUGUUCCUUGCUCUGCAUCGCAGACUGCCGCCUAUAAACAGGUAUUAAAGCUUGCCGACACUAACUCUGAAUCGGUGUCAUAUGUCGAAGCACAUGGAACAGGAACCCAGGUUGGUGACCCCAUAGAAUGCCAGAGCAUUCGCGAUGCUUUUGGAGGGCCCAAGCGGGACAAUACGCUGUACUUUGGCUCCGUUAAAGGGCAUAUUGGGCAUACCGAAGCCGCGGCUGGAGUGGCGGGUCUCGUCAAGGUGCUUCUGAUGAUGCACCACCAAACCAUUCCGGGGCAGGCUAGCUUCUCUAAACUUAACCCGAAGAUUCCAGACCUUCAGGUUGACCGUAUGGCAAUCCCUGGGGCCAAUCAACCUUGGGAUGCCUCUUCUCGUCUUGCAUGCAUUAACAGUUAUGGAGCUGCUGGCAGCAAUGCGGUUGUUGCACUUCGCGAAGGACCGAAGUUACCUGCGGCCAGCGCCCAACUUUCAAGGCCCAUAUGUCGAUACCCACUGGUGUUGUCUGCCAUGUCACAAAAGAGUCUGUCGAUGUAUGCCGACGAGGUGUUGAAAUAUGUGGCUAGCUAUCCCACGCAGAAGGAGCAGUCGAGACUGGUGGCGGAUUUUGUGUUCAAUCUCACCUCGAAAGCCAACCCCACACUUCCAUACACGGUGGCUGAGAGCGUUGAAACUCUGGAUGAUCUUCGUAGCAUCCUUGGCGAGGUAGCGACCGGAUCCAGAGUCUUCAGCAGAGAAGAGUUUAAUAAAGAGCCAAGGCCGGUCGUCCUGGUCUUCGGAGGUCAAGAUAGUGAAAUGGUCGGAUUGUCGAAGGAGCUUUACGCCAGGAAUGCUUUGUUCCGAGAUCAUCUUGAUGCCUGUGAUGCAGAGUUGCAAAACCUCGGAUUCGGUAGCCUGCAGCCGGCAAUUUUCCAGAGCACUCCGAUCGCCAACCUGACCACCCUACAUGCGGCUUUCUUCGCUGUGCAGUAUGCGUCCGCCAAGUGCUGGAUAGAUUGUGGCUUAAAGGUGAAUGCGGUUGUCGGGCACACCAACUUGAUGGUCCGUCACUGGGGCCCCGAGCGGGGAAGUAUGAUCUCGGUCAACGGCAGUCGCGAGAAGGUCACCGAAUUGGUGGGCGCGGUUAAUGCCCAAGGUGAUAAUCACAUCGAAGUCGCCUGCUACAACGGUCCAAAUAGCCAUGUCCUGGUUGGCUCCACGGCCUCUAUCGAACUCCUAGAGAGUGUCGUUGCCUCAAACGCGGCGUUCCAGGAUUCAAUGCGCCUCAAGCGACUGAAAGUAACGCAUGGGUUCCAUUCUAAAUACACCGAAAAGCUGCUCCCUCGCCUCACGGAUCUGGCCAAGAGUCUAACUUGGAAUAGUCCCAGCAUUUAUUUGGAGACAUGCACGGAAGAGCAGUCAAUGCAGGACCUCGACUUCAGGCUAAUUCCAGAGCAUACACGAAAGCCAGUCUUCUUCCACCAAGCAAUUGGAAGGAUUGUACAGCGCUUCCCUCAGUGCACCUGGCUAGAGGCUGGCCAUGGCUCCUCUAUCGUGCAGCUGCUACGGGGUUGUCUCGGGUCUAGCGUGGACGCUGACCAGCGGGUAUUCGCGUCACCGUUGACGGCACCCAAUUCAAGCGAUCUGCUGUCGGGCUUGACAUUGGAUCUUUGGAAGGCCGGUCAUCCAGUUCAGUUCUGGGCCUUCCACCAGAAACAGAAACAUGAGCAUCGUUUCUUGACGAUGCCCCCAUAUCAAUUUGAGAAGAAUCAGCACUGGCUACCAUUCAUCAAGUCUGUUGGCGUUCCUACACCUACAGGUAGCUCUGAGAACGGAUUGGAAGACGUUGGGCACGAAUUUAUCUCCUUUGCUGGUUAUAAUGGUAGCAUCGCAGGCCAGGCCAGAUUCAUAGUCGACCCGGAGAGUGAGAGAUACCGCAUGCUGCUAAAUGGCCACAUCACUUCGGGUCAAGCUUUGGCACCAGUCUCACUUUACAUCGAGUUGAUCUCCCGCGCGGCUUUGCUGCUCCAUCCCGAUGCAGAUGCCUACAAGUCGCACGUUAGCCGGAUUGAAUCCCUGCAGAUGAAAACUGCAAUCGGGCUGGAUAGCAACAAAUACGUUGUCCUAGAUCUAACACCAGUGUCAGGCGACUCGUUAGCCUGGGAAUUCGAGAUUUCAAGCCGACCCAAAGGACAAUUGGCGGUUGAAACGGCAGACAGCUCAGUCCACACGACUGGAGUGGUCUCUCUGGCCGAGCGUAAAAACUCCAAGCUGGCGCAGAUGUUCAAACGAUACGAAGCCCUGAUCGGAAGCAGCCGAUGCAAAGAGAUUCUGGAUCAUCCUGAGGCGGAGAAGAUGCAGGGAAAGCAUAUCUACCAAGCCAUUCAGCGACUUGUUUUCUUCGACCCAAUGUAUCAAGGUAUGAAGAGUAUUGCCAGUGUCGGCCACGAGGCGGCGGGAAAAGUCAUGGCCACUGUCAAUCCGGCCCUGGCUCCCCACGAACGGCUUUAUGACGCGCCCUUGAUUGACGGUCUCAUGCAAUAUGCAGGAGUGCUAGUUAAUUAUUUCACACACCCUAGUCAAGAUGAGGUAAUGGUGUGCCUCGGUAUCGACAGAAUCGAAACCGGGGGCAACUUCAAUCCCGAUGCGCAUGAGUGGAAUGUGUACGCCGUUCUGACCGAGGACACCGAGCAAACGGCCGAAUGCGACGUUUAUGUCUUUGACGGCAACACCGGGCAGCUGGUCUUUACCUUCCUUGGCUUCCACUUCAUGCGUACCCUCCAAUCGGUGCUGACCCGGUCCUUGAGGGACGUAAAUGCGGGUCAAGAAACGGCGGCUGACAUGCUGCUGCCAAAGUUGACCGCGGGUAUUGAACCGCCCAUUCUCACGCCCACCAGCCAGCCAUUUGCCAACGUAAACAUCGUCUCUAAGCCACUGGCGGUGGCUACGAGUAAGCGGGAUGAACUACUCAGCCUGAUCAACCGGAUAACCGACAUUCCGCUGGAUGAAAUCUUGGAUGACUCUACAUUGGAUGAUCUCGGAAUUGAUUCCCUUCUGGUGACGGAAGUCGUCAAUGAGGUCAAGACCGCCUUCGGCCUCGACAUUGACAUGAACACUUUCCUCUUCUUCCCGAACGUGAAGGCCGUCUAUACCUAUCUUGACACACAGCUGGGGGUUCCAGGUCAAGCAACUGCAAACGGGCAAAGCUCGGUGGACCGACCCGGACUGUCUCAUGCUCGUGAUGCAUUUGACGAGAUCCAGCAUGCAUAUGAUCGCCUGGCUGUGGGGACGAAAGCGGUGAACUUCUGGAGGGAUGCCUAUCCUCGCCAGGCCAGUUUGAUACUCGCGUAUGUGGUUGAGGCGUGGGCUAAGUUAGGAUGCGAUCUGAACCGCCUGGCACCAGGGGAAGUGCUCCCAGACGUGCCACACCUCCCGCGACAUAAGCAGUUAAUAAGGCAGCUACACCGAGUUCUGGAAGAUGCGAACUUGGUGAUAGAGAACGGAGCUGGAGGUUUCAUCCGCACAAGCAAUCCUAUUGAUCCCACCCCAGCAUCCCAAAUAUUCACCGAGAUCCUUGACGAAUACCCCGAGCAUGCAAACGUGCAUAAAUUGGUGCAGGUAACUGGUAGUGAGCUAGCAGGCUGUUUGACCGGCGAGAAAGACGGUUUGCAGUUGGUGUUUGGCGAUAAAGUCAACAAGAAGAAUCUGGAUGAUGUAUACGAGAACUGGCCCCUUGUCCGCACGGGAACAUUGGUCUUGGGAGAGUAUCUCACAACGCUCUUUUCGCGGCCAGAUCGACCGGGCAAAUUCCGAAUUCUGGAAAUCGGUGCGGGUACCGGAGGCACGACCAAGUAUAUCGUCGAUCAUCUGCAACGUCACAACAUCCCAUUCGAAUACGUGUUCACGGAUUUGUCUUCUUCGCUUGUGGGAGCCGGCAAGCGCAAUUUCAAAAAUGUUCCAGGAAUGGAAUUUCGGGUUAUGGACAUUGAGAAGGACCCUGAAGCCAAGGACCUCUCCUCCUUCCAUGUCGUUAUCUCGACCAACUGCAUCCAUGCCACCCAAAACCUCACGCAUUCCCUGACCAAUAUCCGGCGAAUGCUACGCGACGACGGGGUGGUGACCCUCGUGGAGAUUACUCGCAACAUGUUCUGGCUGGAUAUCGCCGUGGGACUUUUUGAAGGAUGGUGGUUAUUCAACGAUGGUCGGGAGCAUGCAGUGACCAAUGAGCACCUGUGGGACCAAUGUAUGCGCAAGGCUGGAUUCCAAGAUGUGGCGUGGACCUCGGGCGAGGAACCAGAAUCCAACACGAUUCGGAUUGUUGCAGGAUUUGCACAAUCGCGUGAAUGA